AUGGGGUGUUGCAUGAGCGCCCCUAUGGAAAAGGUGGAGGCGGACUCCAGGAAACCUCACCACCCGCCGCACUCCACAGUCUCUGAGCCGCUGCCCGACCCCAAGGAGCUGGAGGCGAUCCUCUCCGGCUACGACGCGAUAUCCGUAUACGAGGGCGUUGGCAAAGGUGUGUGCCCAAUGGAAGGAGUGGAAAGCGGCGGCUGCCCGAUGAAGCGUGCCAUGCUUGCCGACGCCAAAAAGGAGUGCAUUGGCAAGUGCCCCUACUCGGCCGUCGAGGACGCGCCUGCCGCCCCGAAACCUGACGACCUUCCCGCGAUCGCGGUCGAAAUGGAAUCCCACUUCGAGGACGCCAAAGACCCACUGGAAAUCACCGACAAGGACCAGCUGGAAAUCUCCGACAAGGACUCCACCGUUCUCCCGGAGGAGUCUAUUCCCCCUCAGGACAACUUCGAACUGUACGACGCAACGGAGGUGUGA